AAGAAAAAAAUAUAGACCAAAGUUUUAAUCAUUCAAUAAAUAAGUUGUGAUUAAGGUGGACGGUGUGAGUGUUAGCUGUAAAAUGUUUGAAUUAACGACACAAAAGCAAGAAUGGUAACCGACAGAAGCCAAUUUCAUUAUUUCACACGUUGAGUUGAAUGAGGGAGAAGGAUAGUAUGUAUAUUUGGACAGGAAGCGUAUGAGUUGGACGCGAGAGUCGGAGGCGGGGUUGAUUUUCAUUGCAGAGAGAGCGCGGAAGAUUCGGUUGAGAAGAAAAUCCUCAGAAAAAGAGGCCCCAAGAAUCUAUCUCCCCCCUCAAUUUCCUCCCUUUGUUGUUGUUUGGUACGAGAUACGAGGGAAUUGAAGACAAGGGAGAUAGAUAUGCAGAGGCCUCUGGAUCAACGCUCCAGAUCUUCCAAGCCCACCACCAUCCAUGGCUGUGCUCAGUCCGGUGAUCUUCUCGCCCUUCAGAAGCUACUUCGGGGCAACCCUUCUCUCCUCAACGACCGAAACCCUGUUAUGGCACAGACACCACUUCAUGUUUCUUCUGGUUACAACAAUGUUGAGAUAGUUAAGUUUCUGCUCAAUUGGCAAGGACCUGAAAAGGUGGAGUUGGAAGCAAAGAACAUGUACGGAGAAACUCCAUUGCAUAUGGCAGCAAAGAAUGGUUGCAAUGCAGCUGCACAGUUGCUUCUUGCUCAUGGUGCUAUUGUUGAAGCCAAAGCAAAUAAUGGAAUGACACCAUUACACCUUGCUGUUUGGUACUCGCUCCGGGCUGAAGACUGCUCAACUGUCAAGACUUUGCUCGACUACAAUGCUGAUUGCAGUUCUAAAGACAAUGAGGGUAUGACUCCCCUUAAUCAUCUCUCACAAGGCCCAGGAAGUGAGAAGUUGCGGGAACUUCUGCAUCGGUAUUUGGAUGAGCAGAUAAAACGAAGAGCCCUUGAAGCAUGCAGUGAGACAAAAGCUAAGAUGGAUGAACUUGAAGAUGCAUUAUCAAAUAUUGUGGGUUUGAAUGACCUAAAGUCACAGCUUCGGAGAUGGGCAAAGGGCAUGCUUUUGGACGAAAGGCGCAAGGCCCUUGGGCUAAAAGUUGGCAGCCGAAAACCACCUCAUAUGGCUUUCCUUGGCAAUCCUGGAACUGGUAAAACUAUGGUUGCGAGAGUCCUUGGAAGGUUACUACACAUGGUGGGAGUUUUACCUACUGACAAAGUAACUGAAGUCCAGCGGACUGAUUUGGUUGGGGAAUUUGUUGGUCAUACAGGACCAAAGACAAGAAGAAAAAUCAAAGAAGCAGAGGGAGGAAUUCUCUUUGUAGACGAAGCCUACAGACUUAUACCUAUGCAGAAGUCGGAUGAUAAAGACUAUGGGUUGGAAGCCUUAGAGGAGAUAAUGUCUGUCAUGGACAGUGGGAAAGUAGUAGUCAUCUUUGCUGGCUACAGUGAACCAAUGAAGCGGGUGAUCUCGUCAAAUGAAGGCUUUUGCAGAAGGGUGACAAAGUUUUUCCAUUUUGGUGACUUCAAUUCACAAGAAUUGGCCAAGAUUCUGAAUCUGAAAAUGAACAAUCAGACAGAAGACAGCUUGUUGUAUGGAUUCAGAUUACAUCCUUCAUGCAGUGUGGACUCCGUUGCAGCACUGAUAGAGAGAGAAACAACAGAAAAGCAGAGGAAGGAGAUGAAUGGAGGGUUGGUUGAUCCAAUGCUGGUGAAUGCUAGAGAGAAUUUGGACCUCAGGCUGAGUUUUGAGUGUAUAGAUACAGAUGAACUACUUACCAUCACCAUAGAGGAUUUAGAAGCUGGCCUUAGCCUAUUAUCACAGCAAGUCCAGCAUGACUAAAAAAGUAAAAAGAAAAAAAAAAAACAAAACCCAACUACAAAUCUAUUGGCAUCUCAGCAUGAUUCUUUAAUUGAAUUGUAGAAGAUUGGUCUCCCUCCCAUGAGCCUUUAGCUCUUAAUAUAUUAUUUUUGCCCAAGUAUUUGUUGCAACUUUUCCCCUAAGGCUCAGAGGCAGCCAUGAAAUGGAUUUUGUAAUUGGCAGGUUUACCAUUGGAGGUUAAUUGAUUUAGUUCUAUUGAUGCAGUUUAGACUUCUGGUUUUUCUGGGAAAUUUAUUGUUUUUGGCACAAUGAUUAUACAGUGAAGGAUAAAAUUGUUUUUGAAGGUCA